GCAACAAGAUGAUAAGGGAAGUACACCUCUUCACUUAGUUGCAUCUAUGCCACGUCAAAAAGACCGACGAUACAUACGUUUACUGGAAGCCAAUCCAGAUGCAUUGUAUCAAAUGGACAAUGAUGGAUCAUUCCCCAUACACGUGGCUGCAUCCGUUGGCUCAAGAAUUACCAUCAAUGUCUUUCUUCAGAAGUCGCCCAGUUGCGCUGGUCUACGUGAUGCUAGGGGAAGGACAUUUCUUCAUGUUGCAGUUGACGAAAUGAAAAUAUGGCCGGUCUGGUCUGCUUGCAGAAACCAGUCGUUAUCAUGGAUUUUAAAUAUGCAAGACAAUGGUGGAAACACUGCACUGCAUUUAGCCGUCCAAAAAGGAACACUGAUGAUAUUCUGUGCUAUAUUUGGGAAUAAAAAAGUGCACUUAAAUUUAACAAAUGAGAAAGGAAAGACCCCGCUUGAUAUAGCACAUUGCAGUAUUCCCAAAGGAUUGCAUUAUAACCAGAACGCUGAAGUAAAAAUACAUGCAGCGCUCGAACUCGCUGGUGCUAAACGGGGCAUUUGUCGCCUGGAUUACUUUGAAGAAAAUGAUAUUGUCCAAGUGAGAAAAGAUGAAAUGGAGAAAGUGAAAGAAGGGACAGGCAGUCUGUGUAUUGGCUCAGUCCUAAUUGCAACUGUGACUUUUGCUGCAUCUUUCGCCAUCCCUGGAGGUUACAGGGCUGAUGACCACACAAAUGGGGGCACACCAACGCUUGCUGGAAAGUAUACUUUUGAUGUGUUCACCAUAGCCAAUGCACUUGCCUUCACUUUCUCUGCAAUGGCUACUAUUUCUCUCAUGUUUUCUGGAUCUCCCAUGGUAUCUCUUCCAAUCCGGAAAAUGCACAUACAAUUGGCCUAUUUUCUCAUGGGGAUUUCGGUUACAAACUUGACAACUGCCUUUGCACUUGGUAGCUAUAUGAUGUUAGCUCCAGUUGCCCAUAAGAUUGCCAUUGCAGUAUGUGUCAUGAGUUUUCUCGUAUUGCUAUAUCAGAAUUUGGACCUGACAAUCAAGAAUUGUGUUCUUGUGUCACCGUUGUUGAGGAGAAAGGGGAUAUGUUAUAGGAUAGUCACUAUCCCAUUGACAGCAUUCAUGUUCAUGGGUUCUGUUCUAUUUCAACUUCUUCCUGUAGUUGUGGUCUUUUAUUUGACUGUGUUAAGUCAUACCGGUAACAAAGUGGAACCAGCCGCACAACCACCGACACCAUUAGCUUGAAGAGGCCUAAGUAGAUAGACGUAUAUUACCAUCUUUAAGUGGAUGACAAUUGGAGGUUUCGGAUCUGCUAUCAUCAAAAAUUGUAUCAGAAGUCUAUUUGUUGAAGAACUAUAUAUAUGCCAAUUGGAGGUUUCGGAUUUGCUAUCGUCAAAAGUAUUAUCAGAAGUCUGUUUGUUGAAGAACCAUAUCGAAUCAUGUGUUGUGUGCUGCUGUGCUUUGAUCUUUCUUUGUUGAAGAGUUAAUGUGCAUGUACCAGUAAACAAUUAAGAUAAUUGAAGGGGCUAUGUCAUUUCCA